UAUAAUCUGUCUCAGUAAACAUUGAGGUUUAGAUCCAAAGUCACGAGCAUCUCUGACUCUCAUACCUUUGUCACCACACCAUGGAAUGUGGUUGUUAGUUUUCUUUUGACAUUUUUCCCUCCCAUCAGAUUUGGAAUAUGACUGUAAAGCUAUCUGCACACUUUUCCUCUCAUUCACCUCGUGGAUUACUGCAGGACUAGAGUGAUACUGUGUUUGUGUCUGCUUCUGAUGGUGUCGAGUGGAGCAGCACGAGUGGAUCACCAUGAGAGGGGGUCACCACCAGCGAGGCUGUGGGUGUCAGCAUCUGUUCAGGCAACUUCUCAGUAAUUGUGGCUGCUGCUUUGUCAGAAGUAGAGCUGAGUCGUACUCUGUGGCGGACAGUGAAGGCAGCAUUGCUCCCUCUGUAGGAUCUCUGCCUCACCAAGCCUCUGGUAGCAUCAGCCCCUGUUCCCACUCCUCAUCUGGAGCAUCGCGGCACCCCGUCAGCGCACUGAAAAAAUGGCUCACAAAUCCAGUCCGCAAGCUGAGCUCUGACCCUAGAGGUGGAGUGGGGAAAGCUGAGAAGCAGCCUUUCAAGGCAGAUGGAAAGCAAAAGCCUUUAUGUCACAGUGAUACUAGACAAAGUUCGCUGGAAGUUCACAGUAACUACACCAUCCUGUCCUCUGAAGACACGGAGUGCAAAAGUCCAACAGCCGUGUCCCCUUCCCUUUCCUCUCGCCAGAACUACUUAUGUGACCUUCUGGAUGACUCACAGAGCCCAAGUCUAACAUCUGGUGUAAACACUCUAGAGGUGGAGGACAGCUAUAUCGGGGCUGAAGACUCACCAUCUGCUGUAAUGGACAGCGAGGAGGAGAAAAAGCUUGCCUUGGAGAAGAGUUUAUAUGUGCUGGCAGAGCUGAUAGAGACAGAGAGGUUAUACGUCGAAGAUCUUGGACUCAUAGUUCAGGGCUACAUGAGCAUGAUGGCUAAUCAGGGCGUUCCAGAGGACAUGAGAGGAAAAGACAGGAUCGUCUUUGGAAACAUUCACCAGAUCUAUGACUGGCACAAGGACUAUUUCCUGGGAGAGCUGGAAAAAUGCAUCAGUGAUCCAGACAGCCUGGCCCAGCUCUUUAUUAGACAUGAGCGCCGUCUUCACAUGUAUGUGGUUUACUGCCAAAAUAAACCCAGGUCGGAACAUAUUGUCUCAGAGUACAUUGAGACCUACUUUGAGGAUAUCCGGCAGCAGCUGGGCCACAGGCUGCAGCUCAAUGAUCUGCUGAUCAAACCCGUUCAGAGGAUCAUGAAGUACCAGCUGCUGCUAAAGGACUUUUUGAAAUAUUACAGCAAAGCAGGAAGGGAUGUUGAAAAGCUUCAGAAAGCAGUGGAGGUGAUGUGCUUUGUGCCAAAACGCUGUAAUGAUAUGAUGAAUGUUGGAAGGCUCCAGGGGUUUGAGGGGAAGAUUACAGCACAGGGGAAGCUGCUCCAACAGGAUACUUUCUCCGUCAGCGAGCAGGAAGGCAACAUAGUAUCCAGAGUGAGGGAGAGACGAGUCUUUCUGUUUGAGCAGCUGGUUAUCUUCAGUGAGCCGAUAGAGAAGAAAAAGGGUUGUCCUUUGCCAGGGUAUACCUUCAAAAACAGCAUCAAGGUCAGCUGCUUGGGUGUAGAGGGGCCCUCUGAAGAGGAUCCAUACUGCCUUGUCCUGACCUCCAGAGGAAAAGAUGGCAGUAUAACCCGCUUCAUCAUGCAUGCCUCAUCUAUGGAAAUACAACAAGCCUGGUACAAUGAUGUCGUCCAGAUUCUAGACUCUCAGAGGAACUUCUUAAAUGCCCUGCAGUCCCCGAUCGAGUACCAGCGCAGGAAAGGCACGACCAACAGCCUGGGUAGGAGCAUGAAGUCUGCAGGUGUUGAACCAACUGACUCCUCAUCGCCCAUGGAGCGGCGUCACCAGCCCUGCCUGCUGUUUUACAACAACUCCUUGCCCUCUUUGCACUCACCACGACUCAGCUCUACAUCACAGGUCUCAAACGCAUCUGCUGUGACUCUUCGAGUGGGCCACCCUCCGUUUUCCUCCCAACAGCAGCUCAGUUUGUGCGAAGAGGUGAAACAUGACUGUAGCACCUUCAGCACCCUCUCACCCUGCAGCCAUCACCGCUGUAUGGGUGUGAAUGCCAGUUUGCAGACUAUUGCAUUCAGUGAUGGAGCAAACUACCCAGCUCUUCGUCCGAACAGCUUGGAUCAACUGAAGGAGAGCGAGCAGCACUGACCAUCUCUAAGUCAUGAACUCAUUCCAUUUCUCUGGACUUUGUUGGGACAGGUGUUUAUGCCUUUGCUCAUUGGAAAGCCUGCAGGGCCAACCUUGAGGGGAUCUUAUGGAAAACUCCAUGGUUGAGUGUGUCUGGGUGUGCGCAUAUGCAGCAUAUAAACAUAAAGUUAAUCAAAAUGGUAGUAAGUCAAAGUCUUGAAAACACCUUUUUCAUUGCAGACUUUGGUGUUCUUUGCCAUGGUAUGUAUUUAAUUUUAUUUUUCUGAUUUCAAUGGGUAUUUUUUAGUGACUAUAACCGGUCCUAAUCAGCCAUUUCUAAAUUGAGUCUCCCUCAGAGGCAGUAUAUAAAAUCCCCAUGCUACAACCACAGCCUCAUGUUGCACCAAUUUGGAGUAACUAUAACCUGCAGAUUAAGUCUCAGAUCAGAUCUAUAUGUGCAUUUCCUACAGAUUAGCAAAAAAUGUGUGUUUUCCUUUCCAUGGACUAUUUUAUCCCACCUACUGUGUUAUCUGGAAUAAGCACAUCUGGAAACUCUCCAGACAUAUGUUGUGUAAUCAAGUCGACUGAGGAAAAAGGGAACAAAGAUUAAAAUGAGGUCUGUCUGUCACUGUCACCUUAAAUGUUAAUAAUUAAUGUUGGAUCAUAACAGUUUGUAUAUGUAUGUCGUGAACUGAAAAAAGAUAAGAAUAAAACUGA